AAGAAACGGAGAGGCAGAGGAGGAUAGGUGUGGGGACGCCGUGCACUCAAGGUCUCCUGCUGGUCUACAUCGUGCUGCCACAGUACAGGCACCUCUGGAUUGCCAUUUAACACACUGUAGAGUUGAAGAAACGAACACAGAAUUGACAUCAGAAACAUCUUCACUCAUCUUCCCCUUUUUUGAGACCAUCGAAUGAUACAAAGGAAAAAAGUGCAGUGAAGGAACCAAGGGAGCUGGACUGGACACUAACCUCUGAGACAGUGAACAGACAUUCUGAGCAGGGAUCAACGAAUCUCAAAUCAACAUACAAAUAUGGUCUAGAACAUACCCCUCACACUUUUUCUUUGAAUUAACUUUGGGUAAUUUUAAGAACAAGGGUUAUUCAGACCAUAUGAUAACAGAGUUUUUGGGAAAAAAUGUAAAUAUUAUUUUAUUAUUUUCAUGAUUCUACAAAAAUUAAGCAGCUGACCUCAUUUUCCUAUUUACACCCAGUGAACUCCAGAAAAACUGGAGAUACAUGCUUUAUUUUUGCCUUAUUUUGAUGAGGAUCAAUUAAUUCAAAUUUAAUAGGCUGAAAUACUUUCAGCCACCUGAAGUGCACUGCAGGCUGAAAGUAAAGCAGGAACCAUUAAAACAUUUCCUCACUUCCAAAUCAUCAAUUUUCAUCUACAAAGUCCAACGCACAUAUAGACAAUGGGCUCAAGAGAAACUAUGAUUUGAGGGUUAUGUAAAGACAAGGGACUCAGCAUAACUAUAAUAUGAGGGUUAUGUUUUGGUUGCUGGAUUAAGAGCAGGGCAGGAGAAGCAUGAGCACUGCUUCCAGAAAACUGUUCAACAUGACUGGCAAAGGUGAUAGUAUUUCAGCCUGACAGGACCUGCAGUGGAGUGCACUGCACUUGUGCAAUACUGGCAUUUCUUCUGGGAGCUCAUCCAGUAUUCUUGCAGUUUGGAGAAGCAUCAUAAAUCCAGAAAUAUACAGCAUACAAAAUCAAUGGAAGUGCACCAAAGUGGCAAGUCCAUGACUGGAACUUGGUAAAAAAAAAAAAAAUCAGAAGCCAGACAACAGAUCCCAGCCUCAGAUUGAAAAAGAUCUACGCAGGAAUGCCUGGUUUUGUCCAGAGCGCCUGCUGAUGGUGCUGCUGGAUCUGCCUUCCUCCGUCGUGUCGCAAGUCUUGGCACGGCUGCAUGUUUGCACCGUCGCCGCAGCACUCCUCCCCUUUGGCAAAGCUGUGACACGACAGGAAAUAAGUGGGUUUCAACCCAAAGCUGCUUUUUAGUGACUGCUUCGCCACCACAAGAUGGAGAGUGGACAAGGAGUGGCCUGGACUGGGUCAAAGCCCAGCACCUCCGAGACUCUGCGUAGGCCUCAUGAGGAGGAGAGCGAGAGCUCAGCGUUCAGCGGUGACUCAACACGGCCUUGCAGCAGUGAUCUUCGAGGCAGAAAGACGAACCUCAGCAGAAGUGCCAGCUUAUCAGAAAAAGAGCUGAAAGAUGCACGAGACAGGAGCCACAUCAUUGCUGCUCAGUUGUCCAUCCCGUCAAAUGUCAGCUCAAGGGGUGUGCAUCUCUUCAAUCGGCGCAAGGAAAGGGUGAAUGCCUUCACUCUAGUGAGCUUUGGGAAAGGAAUUAGACAUCAGGAAGCCAUGGAUGAGAAGGAUCCUCCUCUUAACAGAUUGGCUUGGGAAGACAGUAAGACAAGUGACAGAGAACUGAACCACGGAAGUUGUGAUUCUCGGCCAUCCUUGUGCUCUAGUGCAUCCAUGUACAAGGCAAAUAAGAAUAUGAAGGUUCAAACUGAGCAUGUCCUUCAAUUGGAAAAUGUGCCAAAUCAAGAGCAAGACAGACAUUUUGUUCCCUUGGACAAGAAGGACAAGGAAGUCUCAGGACAACCUGCAAGUGAAUUCCUGGAAGAAAUAACUUGUGAUGACUGUAGCAGCAGACUUCUACACUCCAACAAGGGUAUGGGAGAGAUCAGUCUCAGUCCUCAAAAAACAGCAAACGGCUCACUAUCCUUGAUCAAGCAGAAAACCACCAUUUUAAAUAGGACAGCUCGACCAUUUGGAUCACCUGAUAUUUUGCAUUCUCCAGAAGCCAGGAGUCCUGUGAUGGGUCUUCCACCACCACCCUCCCAAACAGUACACACUCUGCCAAAGUUUUCCAAGCCUCUCACAGCAGAAUUUUCCUCCCCUCCUACAUCCCUCUCAUAUUUACCUUCUCCAGUUUCAACCCCAGCUCACUCUCCUCCACCUGAAUUCUCCUCUGCUUCUCUGUUGUGUCAUAUCACUUCACCCUCACCAUGCUUGCCCCAGUACCCACAAACUGUAGCUCCAGAGUCACAGUACAUCCCUCAGUUCAUCAAUGAAAGAAAACAGCAGGAGCCCAUCAAAACAGGUAUACUUGAUGAAAGCAAGGCACUCCGGACAAACAGAAAGUCAAUGUUCACAUUUCAGGAGAAGCCUAGAAUUUCUCCAAACCCUGAGCUCCUGUCUCUGGUGCAAGGAGUAGAUGAAAAGAAGAAGUUAAGGUCUCAACCUGAGCACAUUCAAGAGGAGGAGCUGCUUGCGCUUGGGGCUGAAGCCUCAAAUUUUCUCACCAAAGACAUAGUCAUCAAAGAGGAGGCUAAGGUUCUUCAGUGGUCUUCAUGUUUAAAGAAAGCUGAGCCUAGGAUCAGACCUGUACCCAAACCAGAACUUGGGCUAACUAAUGCAUCAGGAAAGGGAGCAGAGCUUUUUGCCAGAAGACAAUCCAGAAUGGAAAAAUAUGUGAUCGAAACUCCAUCAGUGGUGAAAGGGUAUGUUAGAUCACCUUCUCCUACUAUGUCCUUACCACCCUCGUGGGUAUUUCCAUCUAACAUACCAGACCGAGAUAAAGCAAUGUCUGGUUCUUCUGAAAUCAAUGUUCAAGCCUCAAAGUCUGCCAAAGCCACAUCCAUAUCAUCAACAAAAAAGAGUCCAGCUGGAGAUAUUCCAGUAUGGGAGAAUGGAUGUAACAAAACUGCAAUGGAACUUCCCAAGUACAAACCUUACCAGCUUAACUCAUCUCUGUUCAUCCUGAACCCAACCAAAGAUCCAAUGAGUUCUUUACCAAAAGGGGCACCACCUCCCAAACCCAUUAUUGUAGAAAAAGGCUGCAUGAAAGAAAUGUUUUUAUCCAAAAAUCACAAAAAUCAAAGUCCCACUUCCCCCUUCGCCCACCUAAAUUCUCCAGAUCCAUUAAGAUCAGCUAAGGGUCCCUCCUCCGAUGUUCCCCAAAGCCCAGUCAGUGGCCUGGGAUCUGUGGAAGUCAGGCCACACAACGCUGCUCUUCCAGGAGCACAAGCGGGCCGUAUUGCCUCUCCUGUCUCUGCUCUGUCUCCUACGUAUCCUGCUUCUCCAAAAUAUGCCACCCAGGCACCGAAACCCACGUACUCUGCCAGGAAGGCUGGAAUUCAUUCUCAGAUCCGUACCGAGUCCCUGCCCACUGUUGCCAUGUCCUGGACCCCACUUCAGCUGAAGCUGUUCAGCAGCUCAGAGGAACCUACCAGUGUGGUUAAAGCAUCACCUUCAUGUGGCCUGCAGGAACCCUCUCUGCUGUCAUCCAUGCAGGAGAACAGGUGCCAGUCGCCCCCUGAUGUGAGCCAGGGUGACAAGGCCAACCUGCGGCUGCUGGCCAAGAACAUCAUCAGUGCCGCUAAGCGCAAGAACAGCCCGUCCCCAGGGGGGCUGACUAAUGUCUCCAUAUCACCAGUGUCCCUGCCUUCCAGACACCGGGCCGUCAGUCCCUUCCACCCGCAGUCACCCACCAUCAUGAGUCCCCCUAGCACACCAACCCACUUUACACACUCACCCAUGUGUUUUCAUGCCACAUGCUCACUCACCGACUCUGACGCUUCGCUGGAGUCUGAGGACUCGGGCCUCAGGUCCCUUGGAAUGCGCAGCUAUAACACCUGUCCUCGCGGGUGGGGGGGCAGCUUCAGGAUGAAGAGGGGGAGCUUCCCAGGUGACCUGUAGACAUACUAAGUCCUUACAGUGUACCACCCAGAAUGCACUGCAACAUUUAUACUCCAACAUUCCACUCUAAUUUCAAAUACUUCUUAGCAACAGAAUGGACCAAAAAUAGACUCAAGAAUGCCUGUGUUCAGCAGAUCAGUAAAGCAAUUGUUUAUUUAUACUGCACAUCUAUGCUUUUAAAAAUGUGUCCAGUUUUGAAAUGUAAUUCUGUGACAUUUGUCCUCUUUUCCCACUUUCUAAGAAAUGUUGUGAUGUUUAAAUUUGAGAAGGAUUUUGAUUUAUAUAAACUGCAUUUCUGAAGCGUUGCAAUGAACUGGUGUUCCGUCCAGAGUGCACCCCCCUUCCCAGCCUUUUGCCCAGUGGUUUUGGGAUAGGCUCUGGACACUCAUGACCCAGACCAGCACAAGUGGUUAACGAAAGUGAGCGAGUGAGUAAUUUGUAGUUUUCAUGUCUGAAGCAAUUCAAAAAAGGAAGUGAAGUGGACAUUACAUGUAUAUUUCUAUUUAGAUUUAGACUUAGAUUUAGAUGUAUGUACAAGGUGCUGCAGUUACAUGGCAAAUUGAGACCAGGAUUGGCUUUUGCUGCUGUAACUCACUU